AUGGUGGAGGUCCUGCUCCAUGGGUUGCUGCUCCUCCUCCCCUUGGCAGCCCUGCUGCUUUAUCGGUACAAUGCCACUUUCCACUACUACUGCAAGGUGGUCUUCUUCAACUGCUGGGUUGUGGCCAUGGCCACCAUCCUGUCCCCCUUUGCAGCUCUUCGGGGACGCUCCGUGGAGAACAUGAAGCUCCUGUGUGCUGCCAUCCUGCCCCUGAAAUGGUUUUACGGCAUCAAGAUACAGGUGUGGGGCUCUGAGCAUCUGAACAUCAAGGAGCCCUAUGUGAUAGUUUGCAACCACCAAGCUUCCCUUGACCUCAUGGGCAUGGUGGAGGUCAUUCCUGACCGCUGUGUGCCCAUCGCCAAGAAGGAGCUCAUGUACAUGGGCACCGUGGGGUGGGCCUGCUGGCUCAGUGGCAUCAUCUUCAUCGACCGCCACAAAAGAGAAGAUGCAAUUGAUGUCAUCGCCCAGACGGCCAAGACCAUGCGGCGUGAAAAUCUCCGAGUGUGGAUUUUCCCUGAAGGCACCAGGAACCAGGAAAAAUCCAUGCUGCCCUUCAAGCGUGGGGCUUUCCACUUGGCUGUGCAGGCUCAGGUUCCCAUUUUCCCCAUUGUGAUUUCCCCAUACUGGGACUUCUUCAGCUCCAAGGAUAAGAAAUUCACGUCUGGGACGUGCACCAUCCGAAUCUUCCCCAAGGUAGAAACCUGUGGCCUGAGCCCAAAGGAUGUCCCCAGACUGACAGAGACUGUCCGUCAGGUCAUGGCUGAUGCCCUUGCCGAGUUGUCUGCAGAUCGCUGUGUGGACCAGGGUGCUGAGCAGCCUCCGUUCCUACGCUGCGCUGGGGCCCAUGCUGGCAGGGGACAGGGUAGCCCGCAGUGCAAGGAGGACACAACCAGGGCCAGUAAUUAGGUAGAGGGACUGAACCCCUCGGGGAAAUAAGGGAGGUGACACAGCCAGAGGUUGAGGCAUGUUGUCCCCUUGUCCCCUGUGGAUGUGUCUGCCAGACCUGCCACUGCCCCGGCAGCCUGCAAGAGCAGGAUGGUGCCUCGGUGCAAGGGGAAGCAGAGCAGUGCAGGAGGGGGACCAAGCAGCACCCCGAAAGAGUGCAAGGUGCCCCCAGAAACCCCUUUCUGUGGCUGUGCAUUCCCUCCCCAGGGCAUUAACUGUCUCCCCCAAACCUGACGCUG